CAAUUCAAGGCGAAAUCUCUCUAAAGGUGAAAAUUGUCAACAAAAUAAACUUACAAACUGUAGCAGACUACAACAACAACAACGGCACAGAGAUGAUGUUUACACGCGCCCAAGUGCGCAAACCAAAAUCAAAUGGUCACAGCAGCAGUCAGAGACCGCAAGUGCGCACUUCCCAUAGACCUCACCUUAUGCAACAACAAUCACUAUAUGGAUGCGAUCCACUCUACAGGCAUUCACCACCUGGAGGAAAUAGUCGCAUUCGGGAUCGCGAUAGAGACAGGGAUCGGGACAGAGAUAGGGAUACGGACCGAGACCGAGACCGAGACAAUGAACGCGACCGGGACUACAGUGGCGGUUACUACACCGAUUGCAACAACUUCGGUGGUCACAAGCCCCAUUCGUACGAACUGCCUCGACAACACUCCAAAGACAAAGCCUACGCCCAGCUGUACAAUGACGAGAGCGAGCGGAGCACCAGCAGCAGUGGCGUCAAUUAUAUAGACCGGCGCACCCGACCGCGCAGCAUUACAAACCGGCGCGGCGCCAUCAAACAGCUGAAAACACACGACUACAAUGGGCAUCGGUUUGUGGCCAAAUUCUUCCGACAGCCCACAUUUUGCGCAUUCUGCAACCUGUUCGUUUGGGGAUUCGGCAAGAAGGGGUAUCAGUGCAUUACUUGUCAAACGGCGGUGCACAAGAAAUGUCACGAGAAGUUGCUGAGCAAAUGUUCCGGUUCCGUCUUCAACUCGGCCAGCACAAUCCUGCUGCACGAGCGUUUCAAGAUCGACAUGCCACACCGCUUCAAGCCGUACACUUUCAUGUCGCCGACUUUCUGUGACCAUUGCGGUUCUCUGAUGGCUGGCUUCUUCAUUCAGGGGUUGAAAUGCGAAGGUGAGUCGUUGCAUNAACUAUAG